AUGACUAACAACGAGGCUGAGGAUGAAGUUGUGAUUGCAGGAUUGAAAUUAGCCCUCAAAUAUGGCGCUCGACGACUCGUCCUACAUUGUGACUCCCCACUCGUGGUGAAUCAAGUCACUGGGACUUUCAAAAUCAAAGAACAGAGACUACAAAAGUACCAGUCAGAAAUUCACAAACUGCUACCAGAAUUCGACGAAUGCCGCCUCGACCAGAUACCCAGGGCGCAGAAUGUCGAAGCAGAUGGCCUCGCCAAGAAGGAACGCUCCCACAAGAUAAGAAAGAAGCCAAAAAGCUCCGAAUAUAGGCGGCCAGGUACAGUCUCGUAA